AUGGUCCGCCGUUUAGUGUCUGAAUUUCAAGAGCAGCUUGUCAGAAUUGUCAAAUUUUCUUUAUCGUUGAUUUGGAUAGUCUCUGUCUUUGUUUCUGUUUUACUUUAUCUAUCUAUCUAUCUAUCUAUCUCAGUCUCUUCCAAUCUAUCUAUCUAUCUAUCUAUCUAUCUAUCUAUCUAUCUAUCUAUCUAUCUAUCUAUCUAUCUAUCUAUCUCAGUCUCUUCCAAUCUAUCUAUCUAUCUAUCUAUCUAUCUAUCUAUCUAUCUCAGUCUCUUCCAAUCUAUCUAUCUAUCUAUCUAUCUAUCUAUCUAUCUAUCUACUUCAGCUUCUUCAGUAUCCAUCUAUCUCUCAUCUGUUCAUAUCUAUCUAUCUAUCUAUCUAUCUAUCUCAGCAUAUCAAUUAUAUAUCUAUCUACCUAUCUAUCUAAGCAUAUUAAUUAUCUAUUUGUCUGUCUAUCUGUCAGUCUCCAUCUAUCUAUCUAUCUAUCUAUCUAUCUAUCUAUCUAUCUAUCUAUCUAUCUAUCUAUGCCAAUAUAAAUGGAAGUACAUGCCUAACUACCAUGUAUGCUUACUGAUCCCCACCCCAAUAAUAUCUUCCUGCUAUUUUUUGCCUCUUAUUCUUCUUCAUCCAUUUUUCUCUUUUUUUUUCUUCUUAUGUCUAUUCUUUUUCACUUUUUUAUAUCAUAUUUCCUGCUUUUCUUUUUAUUCUCCCCCUACUACAUUAUUUCAUCUUCUAUCUUUAUUUCUUAUGUUCAUUCCUUUUUUCUUUUUUACAACAUUUCCUUUCCUUCCUCUUCUGACUCUUUCUUCCCUUAUUUGCUUCCUCUUUUUCUUCUUCUCUAAUUAUUUCUUUCUUUCUUUUUUUCUUUCUACAUCAUUUUGUUCAUUUCAUCUGACAUUCUAUUCUUAUUUGUUCUAUAUUUAUCUUCUCAAAUCUUUCUGUUUGUUUCUUGUUUGGCUUUUUCUUUCUUUAUACAUAAUUCAGUUCUCCUUCUCAUUCUUUUUCUUAUUUGCACUCUGUUUUUCUGUCUUUCUUUCUUUCUUUCUUUCUUUCUUUUCCUUCUUACAAGAAAACAUCUUUUUCUUUCAUUAUCCUACAAAAAUAUACAUUUUUGUAACACCACAUCAUCAUCAUCAUCAUCCUGCUUCUUCUUCUUCUUCUUCUUCUUCUUCUUCCUCUUUUUCUUCUUCUUCUUAUUCUUUUUGUUUGCCCUUUUACUCUUCCCUUUUUUUCAGACUUUUCAAUCACCUUUCCACUUCAUACUCCCUCAAAAUUUUCUUCUUCUUCCACUUUUUCUUCUUCUUCUUCUUCUUCUUUUUCUUUGCCCUUUUACUCUUCCCUUUUUCUCAGACUCUUCAAUCUCCUUUCCGCUUCAUACUCUCUCAAAAUUUUCUUCUUCUUUCUUCUUCUUCUUCUUCUUCUUCUUCUUCUUUUUGUUUGCCCUUUUAUUCUUCCCUUUUUCUCAGACUCUUCAAUCUCCUUUCCACUUCAUACUCUCUCAAAAUUUUCUUCUUCUUCUUCUUCCACUUUUCUUCUUCUUCUUCUUCUUCUUCUUCUUUUUGUUUGCCCUUUUUGUCCGACUCUUCAAUCUCCUUUCCGCUUCAUACUCUCUCAAAAUUUUCUUCUUCUUCUUCUUCCACUUUUUCUUCUUCUUCUUCUUUUUCUUUUCUUUUUUUUUCCCUUUUCCCUUUUCAAUCUCCUUUCCUUUUUCUCAUACUCUCUCAAAAUUUCCUUUUUCUUCUCAUUUCUUCUUUUCUUCUUCUUCUUCUUCUUCUUUUUUUCUUCUUCUUCUUCCCUUUUCUUCUUCUUCUUUUUCAUUUGCCCUUUUCUUCUUCCCUUUUUCUCAGGCUUCUUCAAUCUCUUCUUUUGUUUGUCCUUUUUACUCCGACUCUCAAAAAUUUCUGCUUCUUCUUCUCUUCCACUUUUCUUCUUCUUCUUCUUCUUCUUCUUCUUUUUUUUUUUGCCCUUUUUGUCCGACUCUUCAAUCUCCUUUCCGCUUCAUACUCUCUCAAAAUUUUCUUCUUCUUCUUCUUCCACUUUUUCUUCUUCUUCUUCUUCUUCUUUUUCUUUGCCCUUUUACUCUUCCCUUUUUCUCAGACUCUUCAAUCUCCUUUCCGCUUCAUACUCUCUCAAAAUUUUCUUCUUCUUUCUUCUUUCUUCUUCUUCUUUCUUCUUUCUUCUUCUUCUUCUUCUUCUUCUUCUUUUUGUUUGCCCUUUUAUUCUUCCCUUUUUCUCAGACUCUUCAAUCUCCUUUCCACUUCAUACUCUCUCAAAAUUUUCUUCUUCUUCCACUUUUCUUCUUCUUCUUCUUCUUCUUCUUCUUUUUGUUUGUCCUUUUUGUCCGACUCGUCAAUCUCCUUUCUGCUUCAUACUCUCUCAAAAUUUUCUUCUUCUUUCUUCUUCCUCUUUUCUUCUUCUUCUUCUUUUUGUUUGCCCUUUUGCUCUUCCCUUUUUCUCAGACUCUUCAAUCUCCUUUCCGCUUCAUACUCUCUCAAAAUUUUCUUCUUCUUCUUCUUCUUCUUCUUCUAUAUGGUGUAUACCUUCAGAUAG